CUUCGUACCGAAGAACUGGGUCAUCGAGAUUCUGGAGAGUUUGAGGAGGCUCUUGAGAAUUAUCCAUCGAAACUUCGCAAUGCAUGAUCAUCGGAACGACUUUCAGUUUGUCAAAGAUUAUCUGCGCGAAUGUGCAUGAAGCGCGAUCGACGGCGUCCACAUUUGAAGAACUGCGAUAUCCAGGACGCAUGCGCUUAUUUCACUGAUGAUAAUCAUACGAAACGCGAUGUUAUGCACACAACAAUGACGCGACUGAAGUGCUCAAUCAGAACGGUCGUGCCAGAAGACGAAGAUGGAUGGCAAGACUAUAGAGGCUAUGACCAUUUCGACGACGACGACGAUGAUGAUGAUGAUGAUGAAUAUGUCGACAUUGCUACUCCUACAAAGCGACCAAGGACACCCUCCUCACCCUCACAGAGCCCGAAGCGAGCACGAACGGCCGAGUCUACUGAGCCACGCACACAAACCAUCACAGACAUCACCAAAUCCUUACAAUCAUUGCAGGCCCAAAAGCAAAAGGAGCUCGAAGCGGUAACCAAUUCACUGGGCGAGAUUGCAGCUUCAAUCCAAGCAAAUGAAGCAACUCAAUCAAAUCGCGUCAACGCAAAAAUUGACAGACUAUGCUCCGACGUGAAGGCCUACGAAUCAGAACGCGAAGAGAUCCUCAAAAUUCGGCAAUUCGUGGAACAGCACCACGAAGUUAUGAGGAUGGGAGCAGAUGAUCUCGCCAAGACACUACAACAAUAUACGUCACGACUUGAAGAAUGCGAUGAAUUAAUUGCGCAGGCAAACGCCGAUGUUUUAGAAGAGCGGGAUCAGAUUGCGCAGAAGGAUUUUGACCUCAAAGAUGAGGAGGAGAGGUUGGAAGGACGUGAGAAGGAAGUUCUGGAGGAGGUUAGACAUUGCAGUGUUAUCGGGACGUUGAUGAGGUUGGGCCCUGGGGGGAUGGCGAAGUUAUUGGGGAGGCUGGAGGGGAAUGGUGUUGAGUUGGUUGAGAUGGCGGAGAGUAUAAUGGAUAAUAAGACCGAGGGAUAAUGCUGUGCAUCCGAUGUUAAGGUUGGUGAUCAUGAGUCUGCGCUUAUCGCGGCAUCACCAAAAUUGUAGCACUCACGGAUUCACUCUGCAUUGUAUCAUAAGCACUGUAUCGGACAUUCAAUACCACGAAGCCAUCUCAAGUCCCCCACAAAAUACUCCAUCACGAC